AUGGACAAAGGCGCUGUCACUGGAGCAGUCUUUUUGGACCUAUCAAAGGCCUUUGACACGGUGAACCAUUCUAUAUUAUUUUCAAAAUUAUCGAAGGCUGGAUUUACUGAUGCCACUAUAACAUGGUUCAAAUCAUACCUAUAUCAGAGAAUACAGGUAACAAGAGUGGAUAAUGCUACCUCUUCUGCAAAGUAUGUCUCAGUUGGAGUUCCACAAGGGAGUGUCCUUGAACCACUCCUAUUUAUCCUUUACGUGAACGACUUGCCGUCUUGUAUUAAGAAGUGUAAAGUGACUAUGUAUGCAGAUGACACGGUUCUUUAUUUCUCUUCCUCUACGUUGUCGGAACUUGAGGAAAAUUUGAAUGCUGACCUUGAAAUCCUUCGCAGAUAUUUAAAUGACAAUCUUUUAACUUUGAACGCUGAGAAAAGCAAAUUUGUAAUCUUCGGCAGCACGCGUAAACUCAAUUCAUUCC